AUGGGAAUCAGGAACCAGACGCAGGUGGUGGAAUUUGUCUUCCUGGGUUUCUCCGGCAUUCCAAAUGGCCACGUCUACCUCUUUCUGCCGUUCCUAGCCAUUUACUUGGUCACUCUACUGGGGAACCUCAUGAUAUUUAUUAUGAUUCAACUAGAUUCCAGUCUCCAUACUCCCAUGUAUUAUUUCCUCAGCCAUCUGUCCUGCUUAGAUAUUUGCAUCUCCUCGGUCACCGUCCCUAAGAUCCUGGUGAACUUCUUGCGCCAGCAACAGACCAUCUCCUACAACGAGUGCAUAGCCCAGAUGUUCUUCCUGAUCUCUUUCACAGGUGCGGAGGGUGGCCUACUGGGUGUCAUGGCCUACGACCGCUACGCCGCCAUCUGUAAGCCUCUGCAUUACUCCCACCUCAUCAAUGCCAAGGUGUGCACCAUGCUGGCCUUUGCCACUUGGGUCUGGGGCUUCCUAGACUCUGUUCUUCAUACAGCUCUUAUCUCCAGGUUGGACUUUUGUGGAGUCAAUCAGAUUCGUCACAUCUUUUGUGAUGGUCCCCCCUUGAUGAAAAUUGCUUGCAAUGAUGCUCACAUCAAUGAAGUGACAAUCCGCACAGCAAGCUUUUUUGUGGCUGGGGGGCCCCUCCUGUUCAUUUUUUUCUCGUACGUCUUCAUCCUGUCCUCCAUCUUAAACAUCCAGUCCACCGCUGGCAAGCACAAAGCAUUCUCCACCUGUGCUUCUCACAUCAUAGUUGUCCUCAUUUACUACGGAAAUGCGUUAUUUAACUAUAAUGGACCGAGCGCCGGUUACUCCUUGGCGACGGGCACAUUGGUCUCCACCAUGUACUGCAUCAUCACCCCAAUGCUGAACCCCCUCAUCUACAGCCUCCGCAACAAGGAGGUGAAGGGGGCCCUGAAGAAGGCAGUGGAAAGCUGGAGGAAGUGUGGACAUCAUCCUCACUCUGCAGGAUAA